UUACACCGUUACCGCUUUUUCAUUAAUGGAUAGAGAGAAGGAGAAGAUGACAAACAAGGAGCAGAUCUAACUCAGGAAAUUCUACUUCCCACCGACAAACAGUUUCUUCUUUGCAUUGUUGGGCCUCUCUAUAACUUCAACCCACAUUUUAUCACACUGAUUAUUCUUGAAGAAGAUGGUUCUUGAAUCUUGAUUGAGAAUUGAGAGUGUACCUUUUCUUUACUUGGUAAGUAUUAAAAAAAGAGGCUGCUUUCUUCAUGCAUCUGUGAGUUGUGGAGAACUGAAGCUUUUCUGGAAGGCUGCACGAGGAAAAUAAUCAUGUUCAAGCUGUUUCCACGGAGGAACAACAAAAACAAUGGCUUCAAAGUGAAGCAUGCUCUUCAGAUAUGUGUACUGGUAGGCGUUUGCAUUUGGCUGCUUUAUCAAGUCCAACACUCCUCCACUAAUAAGAAAGAAGCAUCUGGAGAAUCAACUAGCCUCUCUGAGAAGGUGGAGACUGGUAAUAGUAUCUUAAACCUGGGAAGGAAAGACCUAAAACCUGAAACAGAUGAAGAAGGUUUAACAAACAGGGAUCCAGAUGAAGAUGUGGAAGAUGAGAGUGAGCCAAAUAAUGAUGGAGAUGCAAAAGCAGAAGAUAACUCAGAGACAGAAAGCAAUGGAAGUAAGGAAACUAUAGAAGAAAAGGUGCAAAAGGAUGAAGAAGAGGAAACUGGAAGUGAGGGAGAGAGAGAUAUGGAACACAGAGAUGUGGAGAAAGAAAGGGCAGAUAAUGAUGAUACCAGAGAAGAGAAGAAUGAGAAUGUUAGUGAAGGUGGGACAGACAGGGAGACAGCAGACGAAAAUGAAAGUGAAGAAGAGAAUAAUGGAAGCAAAGAGGAUGGAGAUGAGGAAACAAAUGAAAAUGGAGGUGAAUAUAAGGAUGCUGAAGUUGCGGAAAACAACGACAGUGAAUCAAGAGAUGAAAAGCAGAAAGAACGUGGUGAGACUAUUCAAAUUGAUGAGAAAACCACGGAUGAUUCAAACUCAACUAUUUCAUUGACGAAUGUGACAAUUUCCGAAGCCUCAGCUGAUGGGCUAAGUGACAGUACAGAUUCAACUGGAGGGGAAGAGAAUGGUGAUUCUAUUAAUACUGAUACAGAAGAAACAGUCAAAGCGUCAAUUGAUGAUGAAAUAACUACCAGUUUGGAUGAAAACAAAUCAACAGAUUCAUUAAACUUCGGAAAUGAAGAAAUGCCCGAAAACAAGAAUCCAGAUGAAUCAUCCAGUUCAGUUUCUCCAGAAGAAAAAGAUGCCCUUACAGAUGUGGGAACUGAAGGGAACAGUGAUGAACAUGCCACCAAUGAUUAAAUAGAUCAGGUUCAUUCGCUUGUUCAGUCAUGUGUCCUCUUUCUUUAAUUCCUACUCUUAAAGAGUAAAUUGAAUUACUGUAAAUGCUGCUUGCCAGGCAGCAAAAAGCUAUAUUGUAUAAGUAUAUUCACUAUCUGCAAACUCUGAUAAAGGACACAAAAAGUCUCUGUCAUAUGAAUCUGAAAACUUUGGUAAGAAGAGCCUGUAAAAAAAUUCAUUUUAUUAGUGUUGUUAUUUGUCGAGUUUAUGAUUCCAUUUAGCAUAUUCAGUGUUUUAACACUUCGAGAUACAUUAGUGAAUAUCUACCGAGUAGUUAGAUGGAUUUAGUUGAAAAAACUUGGGCUAAGAAGAAAAUUCUCACUCAAUAAGCCAAGUUUAGAGAGAGAGAAGGAUAGAUGAAUAAGGAAGUUUUGAUGGUGAGGUGGAAUUAUUGACGUCGAGGAAAAUUUUGUUGCUUGUUAGUCGUUACUGGGUGUCCACCACCAUGCAACAUCGCUGUGUGAUUUCUCAGCUUCUCCUUUUCAGGCAGAAGAGGUGCAUCAGUGCAAGAACAAUGAAAAUGUUGUGGAUUGAUUCUGUUUCCAUUUUGCCACACUAUCACUGUUGUUCAAUUGCUAGCUACUUUUUCGUUUCGCGCAACUUUAGUUUGUUCAGUUUUGUUUUGACUCAAAUCUAAAUACAGAACAAAACUGAUAACUUUGAUUCACUGUGGCUUGACAUUUUCUAUCAUUGGAGGGGAAGAUAGUGGUGAUGGUAAAAAUUCUGGUUUGGAAGAGACAGUCAAAGCUUCAAAUUAUGAUUAAAUAACUACCAUAAUGAAGAGUUGCCCAAAACAAGAAUCCAGAUGAAUCCUCCAAUUCAGGCAUUCAGCUUCUCAAGAUGGAAAAGUUCCCUUACAGAUAACUGAAGGAAGCAGUGAUGAACAUGCUGCCAAUGAUUAAAGAGACCAGAUUUAUUCACUUGUUUAAUUCUGUGUCCUUUUUCUUUAAUUCCCACUGUUUAAGGGUGAAUCAAAUUGCUCUAAGUUCUGCUUUCCAGGCAGCACUAAAGCCAUACUGUAUAAGUGUAUUUGUUGCCGGCAAAACUUCUAUAAAGGAGGCCAAAAGUGUCUAGCAUAUGAAUCAGAAUACUUUUGUAAGAAGUGCUUAUGAAAAAUUUCAUAUUAUUAAUAUUGUUAUCUUUCAAGAUUUGUGUAUGCAACUAAAUCCAUGUGUUAUUGUCAUCGUCAAACAUCUUUUCAUACAGAGUAUUU